UCUCUUUCUCUCUCUCUUGUUCCCCCGCUCCCUUCCCUCGCGUGUCGUUCCCAGCCUUCUCUCCCCUCCCCCCCCUUCCGAGCCGCGCCGUUCGUCUCGAACGCGUCGUCCCCUCGCCUCUCCUCUCGCUCGUUCCCCUGACAUAUCUCGAUUCGCGGAGUAAAGUUUUAGCGUCGCCUCUCUCCGUCUUUGCUCGUGCCUACGAUUUUUAAGCCGAUCUACCGCAUUUUCGAGUUUCGGCGUUUCUGCGUAUCGCGAACCGGCGCGCAGUGUUUCUCUUCCCCCACUCUGUUUUUUUUGUUUGCCCUUCCGCGAACUACACGGUCCGCCUUUGUUUCUGCGCUUCGCACUUAUCUACCUACGUGCCGGUACGUAUGUUUGCGUGUGUGCGCGCCUCUCCCGUUUGAUUUUUCUUCUUCGUGCGUCUCAUUCUCACGCCCUCUUGCUUUCUCCGCCGGCGUUGUCUCUCUCUUUCUCGCUCCUCAUCCGGUGUUUACCCCCGGCAGAAUGGACGAUCGGUUAGUGCAUGAACGGCGUACAACGUGACGCGAUCGUACUCUUACACGGCCUGACGGUAUAAACUCCUCGUGUGGGAGAGAGAGAAUCCAAGUGAGAGGGGCAGACGGAUAGAGAAAGACGGCGGCCGCGCGUAGCUCGUAGGGAAAGGCGGUGAGAGGAAGGAGAGCAGUAGCUAGCCGGUGGUGCGUCGUCGUGUCGUGCGCUUCCUAACCUCCAAAACGGCUCCUCGCGACAACCUACGCGUAUAAUAACCGACGCUGUCAUCUCGACGCGCGCGCGUAUCCGUGCCCGUCUUACCCGUGACGUUGUCUUCGAUUUAUACCGAACGUGAUCCUCAGUCAUCGUCGCUGCCGUCGACGUCGUCGUGUCAUCGCGUUUCGCGCAACGGUUUCUCGCGUGUGCCGAGUCCUUUUCGCUCGUUGCUCUUGGACGCGACGAGAAAGAGAGCGAGAAUCCGAGGAGCCUGGUGAAAGAGAGAGAGAACGAAAGAGAGUUUUUUCAUGUUCGAGGUCAAGUGUGUCGCGAUUUGUGAGUGAGACGAGGAAGAAGCGUCAACGAGGGAUAUUCCAAGGAGAUUUUCCCGGACAUUCCUGUCGCCGUCGCCGCUGCCUGGGAGCCUACCGUGGACACGGUAGGUCUAAUAGGAAAUAAAAUUGAUCUGUGUUCGAUACAUCGACGUGUGAAGAAUUUAGACAGUAUGAUGAUGACAAACCUACCCCCUGUUAUGCUGCCACCUAUUACGGACUACGGAAUGCUGACGCCUACUCUCGGAAUAAAGGUAAGAAUUCCAGACCUUUCGAAUUUUCGUCCGUUCCCUACAGCACCGUUUCCGGUGGUGAGUGUCCAGGAAUUCCAGUACGCACGCGGGACGGGCGCGUCCCUUACGAUGAGGGGUAGCGACGAGCUUCUGUCGCAAAGUGGGGCAGUCAGCAAUGGUGCUUCAAUGAGUCCGCAACCUCAUCACGCGGCCGACAACAACAAUGACGCCAAGAAGGUUAAGCUCGACAAGAGUCACAGCGGCAAACCUUCCAGAGUCAUUCAUAUCAGGAACAUACCUAACGAGGUGUCAGAGGCAGAAAUCAUCCAUCUGGGCCUGCCCUUCGGCCGCGUCACCAAUGUCCUCGUUCUCAAGGGCAAAAAUCAAGCAUUUCUGGAAAUGGCGGACGAGAAUGCUGCAGCGACCAUGGUGACCUAUUACGCUUCCGGUAUAGCCCAGCUCAGAGGCAGAGCGGUCUACGUGCAGUUCAGCAAUCACCGUGAACUCAAGACGGAUCAAACGCACUCUAACAACGCGGUCAGUAGCCCAACAAAUGAUGUCGCCAACACUUCUGAGAACUCGAAUAACCAGGUUGCAAUUGCCGGACAAAAUCAGGUAACCAGUGCCGGCGAGACCCAGGGCGGACCCAACACGGUUCUCCGAGUCAUUGUGGAGCACAUGCUUUAUCCGAUCACCCUCGACAUACUUUAUCAGAUUUUCACGCGCUUUGGCAAAGUUCUGAAGAUCGUCACUUUCACAAAGAACAGCUCGUUCCAGGCACUAAUACAAUACGCGGAUAUGCUGUCGGCACAAACUGCUAAAUUCUCGCUCGAUGGGCAAAACGUCUACAAUUCCUGCUGCACGCUGCGCAUCGAUUACAGCAAGAUGCAGAAUCUCAACGUCAAGUACAACAAUGACAAGUCCCGGGAUUACACCAACCCGAACCUACCGACCGGCGACGCCAAUCUGGACGCUGCGUCGCUCGCCCUUGGCGGCGAAUUGCUGCCCCAGUUGCUGAUGGGUGCCGGUUCCCAGCCGCGUGCCAGAAUACCCGUAGAGUCCAUUGCAGGGGCACCGGGUGUGCUGCCCACGCCCUUCGCGGCCAUGCACGGCCUCCCGUCGCCCUUGGCCGGCCCGUACAACGGCGUACCCCCCGCCGGGGGGCUCGCCGGCCUCGGCGGAUUUCCUCUCGGCGCGGCUGGUUUGGGGGUGCGGGUGCAGGGAAGCGCCCAGGCGUCGGCCGUGUUACUCGUCAGCAAUCUCAACGAGGAGAUGGUCACGCCUGACGCUCUCUUUACCCUGUUUGGCGUUUACGGGGAUGUACAGCGUGUGAAGAUUCUCUACAACAAGAAGGACUCGGCACUAAUACAGAUGGCCGAACCUCAUCAGGCGCUUUUAGCGCUGACUCAUAUGGACAAGUUAAGAGUGUUUGGGAAGCAAAUCAAAGUAAUGCUUAGUAAGCAUCAAACGGUCCAAUUGCCAAAAGAAGGUCAGCCGGACGCGGGCCUCACGAAGGAUUAUACCAAUAGUACUCUUCAUCGAUUCAAGAAACCCGGCUCGAAAAAUUAUCAGAACAUCUACCCGCCGAGCGCAACCCUGCAUUUAUCAAACAUUCCGGCUACGGUAGCUGAAGAAGAGAUCAAGGACGCUUUUACCAAGAAUGGUUUCACCGUGAAAGCCUUCAAGUUCUUCCCAAAGGAUAGGAAGAUGGCUCUCAUACAGAUGCCUAACAUGGACGACGCCGUGGCUGCGUUGAUCAAAAUGCACAACUACCAGCUCAGCGAGUCUAAUCACCUCAGGGUGUCAUUCUCCAAGAGCAACAUCUAACAAGAAUCGCCACCGCACGAGCAGCAGUGGUACCAGCCCUACGCCCUAGUUCCCCUUUGGUCACCCGCCUCGGUCUACGACUGAUGGUCUCGCAGUUGGAUCCGCAUAGUGCUCGUCCGUUCCUGCAACGCUGUUAUCGGCCGGCUGUAUUGCACGCGAAACCCACACGGGACUGCAUUGCGCAUUUGAACUCCGGAGCAGCAUAAUCGGACAGGUGUUGCCUUGUCCGAGUGAGCUUAGGGUGCUCUCGAGACCUUGCUCUCUGUUGUUGGGACAUCUUUAUGGCACAAACGUGUUUCCGCAUCCGGUCAAUUCUGUCGAUACGAAGGUUGCUAGGGUGUUUCGAAAUGUACCAGGGCUGCAAGCGCUGAAGCUAAAUAACGAAGAGACGAAAUUGCGACGGCCUUCUCGAAGGUAGUUUCCGGUGCUGGCUUUCGAGCGCGUUAACGCGACGAUUUCAUAAUUUUAGAAACAGAUGAGAUGAUUUUUAAUGAUAAGAAAUGGUGAAGAUAAAGAGAAAGAAAGCCAUUCGCGAUCGAUCGAGCAAUCAGUCUCUCUUGUGAAAGCCAGGACCGUUAUGCGAAGAGGAAAACACAAAAAAGAGAGAGAGAGGCAACUAAAAUGAAGAGUCUGGCAGCCGCGCGCUCCUAUUUAAUUCUAAUUUCUCUUUCCUCUCUUGUGCUUUCUCUUCAAAAGAAAUCACGCAUAAGAGAGGGAAGAAAAAUGAGGAUUAAACAGGAGUGAGGAAGUGAAAUAGUUUGACGAACAGAAUUCCUCGACUCUUAUACAGAGUUUACGUUAGGGAAGAUAAGAUAUAUAUUAUUGUAUGUGAAAUUCACAAUUGCGCGGCUCGGACCGCUACUCUAAUUAUCAUUAAGGAUUUUUCAAAAUUGCGUGGACACAAAGGGCGACCGUCUCGCGACAAGCGGACACGCGCGCGUUCGCGCGACGGCUUCCGUAUAUAUCGCAGGGUCUUCGGAAAGUAAGUCUCCAAUCGUCGAUAUGUUGGUUCGAUGAGCGGACACGAGAAAGAAUAGAGGAGAGAGUAGGAAAAGAAAAAUAAUAGGUAUAUCCGACUAUCAUGUCGCGCGAUCUAGUCGUGCGAUCACGCGCGUGACGCGGCGGCCAGCAAACCAAGUAGCGUUUCCCCGCGAGACAAUCUUCAUUCUUCGGACGACCAAACAAAUCGCGCGACCGUACUUCCUCGUGGCUUCCGUUCCGUUCGAGAGCAAGACAAUAUGAUCGAUGACGCUACGAACAGUAUCGAGUAUGACGGAAACUGCGUAUUUCGAUCGAGCGUCUAAGUAAAGAAAAUGGCCAAUGUUACGUUGGGACCCUUUACAUGCUUUCACGAGGUACUCUAUUACUCCGCCAAUAAACCGAUCGUCCUCGUUGACUUUGCGUCACGAGAUUAUUAAAUAGCAAUGUGGAGAGGAGACGGAGAGAGAGGAUAGCUGGAAGCGCCAAAUUGGUCUCUCUUCAAAAUUCUUGCGGAUUUGCUCCAACAAUGAUGAUGUUUAUCGACACAAUUGAUCAAUCCGUUCGUGAAUACAAAGCAAUUGUUUAAAGUCACUACGUGCUGAGAGCUAUUCUUCAUUCGGAGGACUCCGAACGCAUUAUCGGCUCCCUCGACCUGCCUACGUUUUAUGCUUCUUCGAGGGCGAGUCUCUCGCUCUCGAGGGUAUCUCCAGUAUUCUCGACUAUCCGGCGGAGUCGAACGCUUCUUAGAAGAGAUCGAGCGGAGCCCGAUCGCUCGAUGAGUCCCCCCUGCUCUGGAAUCCACGCGGCGCGACCGCGUACGUCGUCGCAUAGUCGUCGCAAGUGGCAUUUUUAUAAUUUCUACGUUUCAGUUUGAAAUAAGUAUUAUCGCACGCGCGCACACACUUACAUACAGACAUACAAACACACAUACAUGAUCUAUCUCUUUAUGAGACCGUACAAUUAUGCAAUUAGACAUACAACAUACACAUAUACACAAUCAUGUACGCGCCGCGCGCGAGAUAAAUGUUAUCGACCGCCCUCUAAUUUAUGUAUGCAACACAAACACAGCGUAUAAAUAGUACAUAUGCGCAAAUUUCUUAGUUACGGUAGAUGCUUAGGCAUGUGUUAGGAUCUUAAUCGUAUAGUAAGCGACUAGAUAAGUAAUUGACUAGGAGAGGAAGGAGUGAACCGUUGAACAUAUCGCUAAUUAAAAGAUUUGCGGAGCGCGCGCGGGGAAUUGGUACUAUUUGUAGCAGAUCGGCGGGUACGGCUCGGGACGCCUCGAGGAUGAUUCGCGACUAUAGACAAUAUCCACGCGAAGGGAGAGCAAGUGGGGCCUCUCUUUAUGCGAAGGAUAGGUCUAUUGCGCGGCGAAUCUCGAUUCAUAUCCCAUUGAGAGUUCCUGAUAUCGAAGCAUUCCUUGAGUAAAUUGACGGUUGUGAGAGGAUGUGCGCCGUGAAAGUAAGCGAAUAUCUUCAAGAAGUAUCAAAGUAUGUGUGGAAUUUACGCGAGGGGUAAAUACUCGAGGAGGCAAAUCAUUUUCCGAUUACGCGAAUAUGUUUGCGUCGUUGGUUUCUUGGACAACAGAGAUGCACACAUACACACAUAGAUACAAGAGGAAAACAAAAGGUAACAAGUUAGAAUUGUAGAAUUGUAUUUACAGGGAUUUCGUAGAGGCGUGCAAAGCCGUAGAAACCGAUCGGUCAACUCCUCGAGGAGCUUAAAAAGUGUUCUUGCCGAGAAGUCGUGCGAGAUGGAGUUUCGCUAAAGAUCCUCGAUCUCCCUUUCUAUCAAAGAUCGAGAAUCGCACCAAAAGGAACAUACCGCGCGCGCAUCCCGGUGAAGCUCGUGGAUUUUUGUCUAAUCGACGUUUUGUUGAAGUCAAUUAAAUUUUACUGAUAUAACUAAUAACUGAACGUAGAGAGAAGUAGAGAGAGAGAAAGCGAAAGAGAGCGUGUUGGAAGAGGAUUGUGCGGAGGAAUAACUGAGUGAGAGAGAAAGGACGAGAAUAAAAGAGAGCAUGUGAAAGAGACAGAGGGAAAGUGAGUGAGUGAGUGAGUGAGUGAGAAAGAAAGAAAGAAAGGGUAAAGGUGAGAAAGGGGCGUAUUCACGAAAAGUGUAGUAUCGUACGACUUUGAGACGGCUAAAAUUAUAUGGAGGAACGGGAAGGGUUUUCAAGCCUAAACGCGCAAACAAACCCGUACAUGGCAGGGAAGUGACGUAACUGUGAAAACAAAGCGAAUGCCGGCCCGGGCAUAGUGUGCUGUUUGUGUGCCAAAGUAGGCUUAGCCGUUUUAAUCUCUAGAACGGGGAUCUCUUAGUGAGUUGUGCGAACGGGAUAUCCUUGUUCGAUCGUCGCGAGCACCGAUUCCCAGGGCUUUCCCCCCUAAUAUACGCGUGUAUAACGUUUCCCUGGGAUCGGCGUCUCACCGAUCGAGAAGUACCGACCAAUCAGAGCUAGUUGUUUAGAGACGUAGCGAGUAGCCGGCAUGAGCGAAGGGGCCAGUCUUUGCAUCUAUGAUCUGUAUCUUUUUCGGACCUCUGAUACUACGCUAUUUACUUGGACUGCAUUUAUACAUUCUUAACCGGACGCAUGUUCCGAGUACACUUAUCGCACGAGGGGCAUUCACGCGAGAACCUACACACGUAUACCUCAAAUAAUAACUCAAUCUACACGAUCAUUUAUACAGACGCACACACAGAUUCCAGCGGAUAUAGUUUAUACUUCGCCGGAUGGGCUAUACCUUAUUUUUACGUUUUAAAUACCUCGUUUAUAUUUUAUUGUACAUCGACCUAGAGACAUUUCAGAAUUGUAUUUGGUUUUACAGUAAUUUGACUUUGUUUCAUUUAUUUUAUUCAAAUCAUUUUUGCAUGCAGUUUUUUUAAAGCGAUAUUUGUAGCGCUAACGUUUAUGUCUUUUCGAUGGAACAGAAGGAAAAGAGGAAAGAAGAGAAAAGAAGAAACCGUGCAGGAAUUUUUGUGAAAAAAAAAUCAUACUUUCGGCACGAUAUUGUCUAAACUGUACCUGAACAACGCUCGUACAGGGCGUUUACUUUCGACCUCGAGUUCUUGUAUUCCUUUCCGCGAGUUGCAACGUCGAGCACCCAAUACUCGCGCCAAGUUGCCGAACACUACACAUAUGCCGAUCAUUCGUUUCUUAGCACAUUCCUGUGGACGCGCAUGACGUGCGUCCACCCACACGGAAUCACAUGAUACACACACGCACACAAUAUCUAUGUGUAUGCAUCCAGUGUUUCCCUUUUUUUCCUUUUAGCCGAUGUAAAAUCCAAAUGUUUCUUUUUGUUGCGAAAAAACGCCAAUCCACCACGCUAAUGGUGACAAUCAGCUCUUUUGCUCGCAAGAGGGAGGAAUCGCGUCGCGAGAUUCUUCCCGUUAUUGCCAAAGUUUUCGCGAACUUCGUUCCUUCGUAAGGGACUAUUAUUAGUAGAAUUACCGGAAACGGGGCAGCUAUAUACGGAGCUGUAUAUCUCUACAGGGUGCCCGACGUUAGAAAUCGCACAACUGUUCGGUUGAUUCGUCCACCGAACGCGUACGAUACGCGGCCUUCCUCCUUUCGGCUCAAACGGUCCUCGCGUGAUAGGCGCAAAAGCAAGGGAAAAGAAAAAGAGGCGGCACCCUGUAGAUAGAUCGACUAUAUCACUAGCUAGGUUGAGGGGGGCCGAGGUGAGGGUUGGAGUAGCCAGCACUCGCUACAUGGUGUCGUAGAUUAUUCAGACUCCGAAGUUUCCGCAGACUUUGUCGCGCGAGGAGAGUGAUUCGGAAUCCGAGGGAUCGUGAGUGAUUUUCCGAUCGAGUAUGAUGCCCCGCGCGAAUCGACGGGAGUGCCAUGAAAAAUUUUCGUUACGAAAAAAUUGAUUGAUGAACAGAUAACCAUCUCAUUGAGCGAAGAUGUACGUUCGACUAGAGUGGUGCGACUUAGCUAUGUUAACGAGCAGUGGUCUCUCCCUCUUAUCGAAUCUUGCGUAUCGUCUAUCGCUCGAUUCAUCGACUCUGGUGGACGGAAAGGAUCACAAAGGUGACGCGGGUGAGAUAUCGCACUCUGACCAAGGAAAUUCGGGGUCUGGUAGAGAGCCACGCGUAGUAGACGAAGCUUAGCAGAGGGUAUACAUAAACUCUAUAUAUGUAUAUAUAUAUACGCGAGCAUACAUAAGCAUAUAGACACACUCCGCGAGUCGCACAUACACACAUACACACAUAAUUUACACAGGCGCAUACACAUCGUAUUCACACGACUUAUAUCUACUAUAUAUUUGAUAUAUCGCAUUGUAACAGGUGUGUCCAAAAUGCAACGGCUGCAUCCCGAUAAUCUAUAUUUUAUUAAUAAGGGAUAAGUCUAUAUUAUUAUAUUAUAGAGUUACUAACGUGUUACACAAAUUAUCACAUAAAUUAGAAAUGAAAUGAAAUGAGAUUAAUCUAUAUAAAUAUAUUGUAUAAUGUGUGCAGCGGAGGGAAAAAUUCAAAAGAGACCACACAUAGGGCGAAUUGGGAGCAUGUAAUACACACACACACACACACACACACACACACACGUAACGCGAUCGAACGGAGGCGCGCGAGGUGUAUAAGAUAUAUGACGAGUUUUAAAUGACUAUAUCUGUGCUAUAUCGUAAAUAUAUCGUAAAUAUAUCGUUGAAAUUCAGGAAAUGUGGUCUGCUUGCCUAAUCGGGGCCUUAGGCGUCGUUCACACACCGAGAGAGAAAGAACAAAUUUAAGAACAUCGCGAGAUAUGCAUCGUUGUCGGCUCGCGAAUCGACGCAGUCUCUUCCGUUGUUCUUUUUUUAUUACAAAUUUUUUCCAUAUUAAGACGCCGAGAGAGGGAGACGCAAAUCAGCUAUGACAGAAGUUACCAUUGUCACGAACAAUUCCUUUCUUUGAUAUCGAGAAAAUGAUUGAGAUAUUACAUUUAGAUGACUGGCAAUAAAAAAAACACACACAUACACAUUUCAACAUUUAUACACAUGCGCGUAAAUAUAGGGAGGGACGCAGCUCGAAAAUAAAAUAAGUAUACUUUAGUUUAUUGCGAGAGGAGAGAAGCAUUAAAAAGACAUAAAAGUGCGAAAGUGACAGAGAUCUUCGGAAUAGAGCAUCAGCCAUAAGAGAGUCGGUUGUAAUCGAUGGAUAUUCUAUAGAAAAGAUUGAAAAAUCUCAAAAUAGUUUCAAGAAAGAUCGUUCACAUUAAAUGUAAAAUAAUUAUAUAUUAUUAGAUAACAAUUUAAAAAAUCCUUGAAUGAAUUAAAAAAAAACAUUAAUAGAAUCAUUAAUAUUUUUCUUGAAGAAAUUUAGUAAAGCUAUUAAUUCUUAAAUUUGAAUAUUUUAAAUUGCACUCAUCAAAGAACGGUACUUAAGAAAGAAUAAUUAUAACAUUUUUUUUUUGUUAUUUCAUGAUCGAUUUUUAUUAUCUUGAUCUCCUUAGUUACGAAGGAAAUCAAAGUGUAAGUUUUCUUCUACAUAUCAAGAAAUGUAAAUGGAUUAUUAUUAUUGAUUGAGCGACUCGAUGAUUUUCUUAUCUACUCUUAUUUCUAUAAAAAUCACGAUAAUUUAAAUUGUCAGAAUAAAAUUCACGAUGGACACGAUAAGAUUCACAUGGCUGAGCACUCUUCCGAUGAUCGACCGUCGUCGACUUUGUGAUUUUCCGUGAAAGAGGGAGAAGAGGGAUCAGUCCUUUAGCCCUGAAUUAUUGGUGAAUUUUUACUUCAAUCGUUUGAAUGCUUUUCCUUUUCAUGUCGAAAAGUGCCAGCCCGUCGUCUCAAUUGAUUUUCAAAUCGAUUGACUUAGAAUAUUAAAUGUUAGGUAAUCGGAAGAACUGCGACGAUUGUCGUAAGAAAAUAGAACGAUCGCACUUGGCACUUUUCAAGCAUAUUGCUACGAUAAUCCGUGGCACUCAAAUGGUUAAAAGAAAUUAGUGAAGGCAGAGAUCUUGAUAUGGAGCCAUCGGUGGGAAUAGAAUCGAGCCUAUAUCGCUAUCGUCACACUGAUAUGGCCAAGUAUCGCGAGAACAAACUUGUAGAUAAACGUACAAUUCAAUAGAGCCUAAUUUACGAGGUAAAAAAAAACAGCGAAAAGGAGAGAGGCCCCCUCCCCCUUCUUGAGAUGAGACGAUACCCUCGUGAUCGAGAAUGUAGGAUACGUUUGUUUUUUUUUUUUUCGAUUAGCGUACGAGAGACAAUUAAAUCAUAAGUGAUACGCUACAUGCAUCUCUCAUGAUUUAACUGUUUCUUAUACGCUAAUCGUAUAUUGUAAGUUGGUGAGAAUUGUAGAAAUUAAUUACUAAGCAGUAGUCGUUAAGCUCGAUGGGAAAUGUUGUUCGAAUGAGAAGAAAGGGGAGGAAAGAGAGGCACGCGAUCUCUUCUGUAACAAGAGGUGCGUUUAAUGGUGUGAAAAAAAGAAAAAAACCAGUUAAGUAGUGUCUUAGAAUCGUGUAGUAGCUCCUUUCUAAUUAAGCCUCCAGACUAAGUAAUGUGUAUAGUUAAAUGACAAUCACUCGACUCUCUAUAUCGACAAUUGACGAAGGGAAUCUCCGAGCCGUGAUAAGCUGCCUACGCACCGAACUACCCCUUUUCAUGUUUCCUUCUUUUCCUCCCGAUUCGGCCCAUCCCUUUUAACCUUUUCGCAAUCGAGACUUUCAAUCGUGGACUUUCUUCGAGAGACUUUCACUGAACUGGCGAACGUGUAGCGUUCCAAUUCGCGAGCUUUGCAGCCAAUAAAUGUAAAUAAGAAGAUGGACCUAAAAUAUACGUCAUUCGUCUCCGAUUCGCGUCGUUAUCGCGACUUGUUUAUCCGAAAGUGUCUAGAUCGAUAAAUAGAUUGAUGUUUCUCUUGCAAGUCGGUUAUACAUUAAUUAUUGAAUGGACAGUUUUAUGUCUUCGAGAUGUGCCCAAAUUCAUAUUUUAUCAAUUGCCUCUUAAUAAUAUAAUGAAACUUAUUUUAUAAAAAUUGCUAGCGCGAAUAAAAAAGUAUUCCAAAUAUAAAUAUAUGUUUCUUGUUUCACAAAAUCACGAAGCUUAUAUAGAGUAGCAUUUGUAAUAUUUUUCUCACCAUUUUUGGCGUUCAAAUUUCAUAAAAAAUCUCAGGUUUGUACAUAUGUUAUUUCUUCGAUAUCGCUUCUAACGCCUCAUCGGCAAAAAUCUUGCCAGCUAUUUUUUCGCCUGUUCGCAAAAACUUCCAAGUCGAUCAAGUGUCAGCUCUGCCUUUCAACUCUCGAACUUUCCAAAUUCCGUGCCCAGGAAGAUCCUUGGUUUUCUGCAUGUACCUUCCUUCUUUCCCUUGUCUCACAGUCGUUCUUCGAUCCGAUCGACAGCUGAUGACAUGACAAAUCCGCGCGUUAUAUCAAACUCGCAGGCAUCUUCCACUUUUGAAAAAAAAAAACAAAAAAAAACAA